AGUUAUUGUUUGAGUCUCGGUGCGUACAGAUCGCGACUAUAUAAAGUUAGUUGGUGUUAAAAAAAAAUUAAAAAAAAAACUUAAAUAAAUUUUAAAUUAAUUGUUAUUUAAUUGAAAAUCAAAAUGAAAUUUUUGAUUUUAUUGUGUGCCCUAGUGGGUGCCAUAACAAUUCAACAGACCUCGGCUGUGGGUAACACACAUUUGGUCUGCUACUAUGAUGGCAGUUCAUACAUUCGAGAAGGUCUUGCUAAACUAACUUUAGUCGAUUUGGAACCAGCUUUACAAUUCUGCACCCACUUGAUUUAUGGUUAUGCCAGUAUUAACCCCACCUCCAAUAAACUGGUAGCCAAAAAUGAGAAACUUGAUUUGGAUGUUGGUACCGGUUUAUAUCGUACCGUUACCGGUUUAAAGAAGAAAUACCCCAGCUUGAAGGUAUUAUUGAGUGUUGGUGGUGAUAAGGAUGAGGUUGAUAAAGAUGACAACAAAUAUUUGACUCUCUUGGAAUCUAGCAAUGAUCGUAUUCCCUUCAUCAAUAGUGCUCAUUCUUUGGUUAAGACUUACGGUUUUGAUGGUCUUGAUAUUGCCUGGCAAUUCCCCAAAAACAAACCCAAGAAUGUUCACAACAGUGUGGGUAAAUUCUGGAAGGGCUUUAAGAAAAUCUUUACCGGUGAUCAUGUUGUUGAUGAGAAGGCUGAGGAACAUAAAGAACAAUUUACUGCAAUGAUCCGAGAAUUGAAGAAUGCUUUGCGUCCCGAUGGUUACUUGUUGGGUGUUUCCGUAUUGCCUAAUGUUAACUCUUCAUUGUUCUAUGAUGUUCCCGCCAUUGUCAACAAUUUGGAUUAUGUCAACCUUAUGGCCUAUGAUUUCCAAACUCCUGAUCGCAACCCCGAGGUGGCCGAUUACCCUGCUCCCAUUUAUGAAUUGAAUGAACGUAAUCCCGAAUUCAAUGUCAACUAUCAGGUGCAAUAUUGGUUGAACAAUCAUUGCCCCGCCACCAAGAUCAAUGUUGGUAUUGCCGCCUAUGGCCGUGCCUGGAAAAUGACUAAGGACUCCGGUCUUACUGGUUUGCCACCAGUACCCGAUACCGAUAAGGCUGCUCCAGCUGGUAUACAAACCCAAAUUGAAGGCCUUUUAAGCUGGCCUGAGGUCUGUGCUAAAUUGCCCAACCCUGCCAAUCAACACUUGAAGGGAGCUGACGCUCCUCUACGUAAAGUAGGUGAUCCUACUAAACGUUUUGGCAACUAUGCUUACCGUUCCGCCGAUGACAAUAACGAAAAUGGCAUGUGGGUCGGCUAUGAAGAUCCCGAUACUGCUGCCAACAAGGCUGCUUAUGUUAAGACCAAGGGCUUGGGCGGUGUUGCUUUGGUCGAUUUGUCUUUUGAUGAUUUCCGUGGUGCCUGCACUGGUGAUAAAUAUCCCAUUCUACGUGCCAUCAAAUACAAGUUGCAAUAAGUUAUUAUCUUUGUUUUGUUUUAAGAAAAGUGAAGUUGUUUUUUAAAUGUUUUUUUUUCAAUAAAUUUAACAAAAAGAAGAAAUA